AUGGCUAAAGCCAAUGCUUUUUAUGCGCAAUCCGGUGGUGUGACCUCAGUGAUCAAUGCCUCAGCCUGUGGCGUCAUUGAGACGGCGCGCCAGCACAAAGAUGUAAUUGGUAAGGUUUAUGCCGGUCGCAACGGCAUUCUGGGCGCGCUGAAUGAAGAGCUGAUUGAUACGUCUAAAGAAUCGGCAAAAAAUAUAGCCGGCUUGCGUCAGACACCCAGCGGCGCCUUUGGCUCCUGCCGCUACAAACUGAAAUCUCUGCAGGAGAACGCACGUGAGUACCAGCGACUGCUGGACGUGUUUGAAGCCCACAACAUCCGCUAUUUCUUUUACAACGGCGGCGGGGAUUCCCAGGACACCGCCAAUAAGGUCGCUCAGUUCGGGCAUCAGAGCGGCUACGAUUUGACGUGUAUCGGUGUGCCUAAAACCGUGGAUAACGACCUGCCUUUCACAGACUGCUGCCCGGGUUUUGGCUCGGUGGCCAAAUAUGUGGCUGUCUCGACCCGUGAAGCCGCACUGGACGUAGCGUCCAUGUGUGAGACUUCAACAAAAAUCUUUGUGCUGGAAGUUAUGGGGCGGCAUGCGGGCUGGAUCGCAGCGGCAGCCUCGCUGGCUCAGGAAACCAAUGGUGACGCACCACAUAUCAUCCUGCUGCCGGAAGUGCCAUUUGUGCAGACCAAAUUCCUGCAGAAAGUAAAACAGACGGUCAAAGACAAAGGCUACUGCGUGAUUGUUGCCUCGGAAGGCGCGCAGUACAAAGACGGUUCAUUCCUGGCUGAUGCGGGUGGUAAAGACGCCUUUGGUCAUACACAGCUGGGCGGCGUUGCGCCGAUGCUGGCAGAGAUGAUCAAAGCCAAGCUGGGUUACAAAUAUCACUGGGCGGUGGCGGACUAUCUUCAGCGCGCGGCAAGACAUAUCGCCUCUGCCACAGAUGUUGAGCAAGCGUAUGCGUUAGGCAAGGCGGCGGUGGAAUUUGCUGUAGCCGGUAAAAACGCGGUGAUGCCCACCAUCGUGCGUACCAGCGAUAAACCCUAUCGAUGGAAAAUUGGCGAAGCCAAACUUUCACGGGUAGCCAACGUUGAGCGCAAGAUGCCGAAGAACUACAUCAGCAGUGAUGGUUUUGGUGUGACGGCAGCUGGUAAACGCUAUCUGGCGCCACUGAUCAGUGGUGAAGAUUAUCCGACGUACAAAAACGGUAUGCCGCAAUAUGUGACGUUGAAAAACGAGCUGGUGAAGAAGAAGCUGUCUGCAAAGUGGUGA